CCCCACUCACUUCAUCUCCACUCCUCUACUCCAUCUUCCGUCAUUUAUUAUUUCACGAGUCGACCAUUCGACCAUCAACUCGAGAGUCGAAAUUCGAGAGGCAAGACGCCAUCGUCCGAGUCCUGAUCCCGCGAUUGUUCGGCCAACCCGUCCGCGCUCGACCGGCUUCCCACCUUGCCCAGCUUCAUCACUUUGUGUCAGCGAGAUACGCUUGGAGCAUCGUACUCACUGCCUAGCGUUACUAACAAUAACUGAAUCCGUGGCGCAGGGUUUUUACUCCGUGCUAGGUUAGCUGCGUACCUUUCUUUGCCUUUCCAACUACCGCAUACCCAACGCUAUUGUCGCAGCCCUUCCCACCGAGGUUGGCCUAGCUGCUUGCCGCUCGAUACCGAUGCAUCAUCGCCCGAAUGGCCACCUUCUCCAUGCCCGCACAGCUGUCCUAGGCUUGGCCAGGGCUCUGUUCGCAGGCCUUGCCGGCCUCGCCGUCGCCGCCCCGACUCGCCACGAAUCCCUCGUGCCCCGCGACCACCAUGACAACCUCCCCGAGGCCGAGGGUAGCGCCCUAUGGGUGCUCUACGUCGUAUCCAUGGUCCUCGUCCUCCUCGGCGGCGCCUUUGCCGGCCUAACAAUCGCGCUCAUGGGCCAGGAUGAGAUCUACCUGCGCGUCAUCUCUCUCGAUCAAGAAGAACCUCAACACAAGAAUGCAAGCCGCGUACAUCACUUGCUGAAGCGUGGCAAACAUUGGGUGCUCGUCACACUGCUCUUGUCCAACGUCAUCGUGAAUGAGACUCUUCCUGUCGUCUUAGAUCGAUGCUUUGGUGGUGGCAUUGCUGCCGUUGUCGGGAGUACUGUGUUAAUUGUCAUCUUCGGCGAGAUUAUCCCACAAUCCCUCUGUGUUCGCUAUGGCCUCCAGAUUGGUGGUUACAUGUCGAAACCCGUCUUGCUCCUAAUGUACAUCAUGGCUCCCGUGGCAUGGCCAACUGCAAAGCUUCUCGACUGGCUUCUUGGCGAGGACCAUGGUACUAUAUACAAGAAAAGUGGUCUCAAGACGCUCGUCACUUUGCACAAAACUCUUGGUGAGGUGGACGAAAGGUUGAACCAGGAUGAGGUCACAAUCAUAAGUGCGGUCUUGGAUUUAAAACGAAAGCCUGUGGAGGAGGUCAUGACACCCAUGAACGACGUGUUUGUUAUGUCUGAGGACACCGUACUAGACGAGGAGACGAUUGACCAGAUCCUUGAUGCCGGGUAUUCUCGCAUCCCCAUCCACCAGAGUGGCAACCCCACCAAUUUUGUCGGCAUGCUUCUAGUAAAAAUUCUGAUAACUUACGAUCCUGAGGAUGGCAAGCGUGUAAAGGACUUUGCUCUUGCCACCCUACCCGAGACGCGCCCUGAGACUAGCUGUCUCGACAUCAUUAAUUUCUUCCAGGAAGGAAAAUCCCACAUGGUGCUGAUAUCAGAGUAUCCCGGUGAUGAUCAUGGUGCGCUCGGAGUCGUGACCCUAGAAGAUGUUAUAGAAGAACUCAUUGGAGAAGAGAUCAUUGACGAAUCCGAUGUCUACGUUGAUGUGCAUAAAGCAAUUCGCCGAGCCCAUCCAGGACCUCAUGCUCGAGCUCACCGGAAAGACUUGCUAGCCAAGGACAUGCUUAUUGAUUUAGCUGAGGAAGGGGUGACAAAAGGGGCUGAAGACCAAGUUAGCCAUUCAAAGCGUACCUCUUCUGUCAAUGGAAGGUCUGAGGCUUCAGUCUUAUCACAGAGUCCGAUGAAGACGACUUUACUUCUAAGGAAAUCUUCUGCCGAUCAGAAUGGUAAAACGAUGCAUACAACGGUUCCUUUCAAAACAAACCUCGAGGAUAUGAGGGAUCACUUCAAAAAUCUUGGCCCAUCGAACCCUGCAUCGAACCCAAAAAGUACUCGAGUGUCCGCGGUUAAGAUCAAACCAGGACCAACCACGAACUCGACGGCCCAGCCGACGUCCGGUUCGGUAGACGUUAUCCAGGAGGACCCGCACAGCAGCAAUGUAGACGAGCGCACAAGCUUACUACGACCUCAAAUAACCGUCAAGGAUGGCGUCCAAGCUUUACACCAUAGUCACUAUGGGCCGGGAUCUCCUGGCUCUGUGAGAGGGGAGUUACAAAAGCCUUCUAUCAUCACGACAGGUGGUAGUCAGACACCCGGCAAAGAGAAUAAUACUUCGAAACAAUCGACGUCGAGCGAAGGCACUGCAUCACCCACUGAUGGUGAAACAGGACUGAUCGUCCGCCGAAGGGGGCAUGUCCGAAGUGGCAGUAUUACAGAAAACAUCGUGGAAGCUGGCGGCGUACGGAAAGUUGUUCUCGAGGCGAACAACUCUUCAGAAUCCGAAGAAGACGUGAGUCCAGGAACUUCAUCUGAUGGUGAUAAAUCUUCCACAAACAACAAGAAAAAGCGUGAUAGGCGUAAGGCCAGGAGGGGUCGUUCGUAAAUGCUUGUAAACCGGGACGACUUAUUCGUUGAACCACCGUAAUAUGGGUAUGUCAAGCGGGGUUCCCAACUUAGGAUAGAGCUUGUCAUGAUUUCCCUAUUGUACCACAGCAAUGUAUUAGUAAGGGCUAUAAUCAAGCAAUGAAAGAAAAAACAUGUUCUUUUGGCCCUAUAUUUCUCCUCGAGCCAUAUCUACUAGCCGUUCAGCAUCUCAUUUAGGAAAAGAUGUUCGAAGCACGUACAUGGUAUAACAAGGGCAGGUGACUAGGCUUGGAAUUGAAGCUAUUCGGACUGCAAUGAUCAACUGGGGCUGCAAGAGUCCUUGACU